AUGAAGUUAAAAGAGCCUGAACCAGACAACAACCACAGCACCAGCAAAAACCACAGCACCAGCUACAACCACGGUACCAGCGACAACAAGGACUACAUCACCAUCCGUAACAUCAGGCUCGGACUCAAAGUCUUCAUCCUGAUCCCUGCUCUGCUGGCCAAUGGCGCCCUCCUGUGGCUGGUGUUCAAAUCCAGACACAACCUCUCCCCGCCUCAGCUCUUGGCCGUGAACAUCUCCAUUCUCUGCAUUGUGUACUGUCUGUUUCUACCUUUUGAACUUUACUUCUGGCUGCAUAAAGCCUAG